CUUGUAUUAUUAUAAGAUUCAUAUUAUUUAUAUUUGUAUUUUGCUUGACUACGUGUCUCGAAAUGUAGACGACACUCGUGCACAUAGAUAUUAGAUACCUGUUGCUCGUAAUAAUGUUAACUGUAAUUACGAGGUAUUACAUUAAUUUUUGAUUUCCGGUGUACAAAGUAGUACAGACUCUGUACCGGUACGACUGACUAGAGUUGUAAACAGUGCGCUGUGAGCCAAAUAAGAUUUUGUUUUGCCGUAUGAAGUUGUCAGUCAGCGUAAACCGCCGUGGGGUUAAGCAAAAAUUAGUACUUCUAACUUCUUUUGAAUUUUUUCUUUUUGGGCUUAUUUUCCGCUUUCAUUCCGCUGUAUUUGUUAGCGAUUCCUGAUGUGAUUUGUCAAAUUUGUUUGCUGUCGUUCUUGAUAGCGGACAUCUGCGUACAUCAUGAUCAUGUCUCUAUCGGAUGUGAGUACCGUUUUGAUCACAGGUGGAAACGGUUGUUUAGGCCGAUUUUUAGUGGAUCUUCUCCAAGAGCACUUCGAUAAAACUACCACGGAGGCCAAGAAGAUCAUAAGAAUUUUGGAUAAUUCUACUGAUGGGCAGGAUUACUUCAGGGAACGAUAUGGACGCAGCGAUCAUGCUUUCGAAAUCGAGUUCAUCACUGGUGAUGUGCGAAAGGCAUCAACGGUUCGUCGAGCAGUUAAAGAUGUGCAGUGUGUAUUCCACUUAGCCGGAAUUGUGGAUAUCUCAAUGUUCCCCGGCGAAAAUCUUAUGUGGGCUGUCAAUUGUCGAGGAACGCAGGAUCUUCUGGAAGCAUGCUACGAAGCCAACGUUUCGUACGUCAUCUUCACGAGUUCCGUCAACGCUGUCCUAGGCGUCAACCCGCUUGUCGACGCUGCGGAAAAUGAUUGUCCAAAACCCUCGGAGUGGCUGUACAAGGGAUACGGAGAAACGAAAUGGUUUGCCGAACAAAUGGUCAAAGACGCCGAUAAUCUUCCUCUGGCCAAUGGCCAGCGUUUAAGGACCAUAUCGCUGCGACCAACAGUGUUUUAUGGAGAAAAUGAUCGUAUCAACGUGCCGGUUUUGUUGAAACUGGCCCAGAACGGUGGAAAUAAUUUGCUGCAAUUUGGGAAUAAUGAUACUGCUAAAAUCCAGCAGACGUAUGUGGGGAAUGUCGCAUGGGCGCAUGUGCAGGCCUUGAAGAGUUUAAUCGAACAUCCGGAUGAUUGUGCUGGACAAGCGUAUUUCAUUACCGAUAACACUCCGAUGCUCAGUCCUUUCCAGUUUGCGCGACCGUUUUUAGAAGAUCGCCGGAUGCGUUUAUCCAGAUUCAGUGUUCCCAUUUCUGUGAUAUAUUUCGUGGUGUUGACCUUUAUAUUCGUCUUCAAUCUCUUGUUGCGGGUUUGGCCUGACUGGGAUGCGGUGAAGAGGACUAAACUGCCAAGUAAAGCUCAGAUAAUGUUUUUGAGAAUGGGAGUGAGUUUUGAUCGGUCUAAAGCGGAGCGCGUACUGAAUUAUUCACCACGUUACACAUACGAGGAGUCUGUGGAUGCAAGCAGAAAAUAUUACGCACAAAUGGAGUUAUAGUCGCCCUCAUGGCGCGUUUAUGCGCCCGUAUCAACGUCAGAUGUUCCCUUAUGUUUACCCAAGGGCAAGACCAUUCUGACUGUAGAAAGACGACUUCCGCACAAGCAGGCUCUUAGAAAUUGGCCAGUGAGUUGCUUUGUCUGCCUCGGAAAACUCUUCUGAUUCGGAAUUUUUUUAUUGUGAACAGAUUUGAUUUAUUCCUUUGUAGACGUUGAGAUUUUUAUUCACUCUAACACCUCGUCUGGGCCCUGUGCUGUACUCAAUUCGGGACUCCGGUUAUGGAUAUAUGUGAUUUUUACCGGUAGCGUAUGAUGAAGUGGUUUCUGUUGCUGAUUUCUCGGCUUGUAUUUUCUAAAGAAUUUUAUAACGUACGAAUAAUUUUUCUUGCCUGAUAACUGGUGCCAAAAAAUGUUCAAAAAAUGCAGUGCUAUUGUUGUUGGACUAAGCGAACACCGGACCGGAAUCGUUUUAGCAA